UACACAUAUAUAAGAUAAGUAGUGUAAUUCAAUAAAGGAAAGAGAAAUUUAAAAUGCGCCAAUAGAAAGCUAGUUAACAAAAUUCAAAUUAUGUCAUCUGAUAAGAAGUGCAAAGACUGAAGGACGUCCAAUAAUCAUCAAUUUAACAGAUGAACGAAAUGAAAUGUAUGACAAAUUAAAUGGUGGAGAAUUGUAGUAAAUAACAGGUCGUGAAUACGUUCGAUAAAGAAAAUGGAAAAAUCAUAUUACGCAGAAGAUAUGAACUGUUUACUGAGAAAUAAAAAGAUUGUAUUAUUUGGUGAUACAAAUAUGAAAGCAUUGUAUAAAGAUUUUAUUGUACUUUCUCAGCAUAAUAAAUUGCUUGAUUCAGAAGCACUGAAUACAAAGAUGAAAGAGUCUUUCUAUGGAGAUGUUUCAAUUAAAAAUUGCACAGGAUGUUAUCAAGAACGACUGUACCGUACUCCGUAUUUCCAUUUUCAUUUUUAUAUUACUAAAGAAUUAUAUAAUUUAUAUAUAGAAAAAGUAUUUAAUAAUAUGAAGUUUGAGUUACCAAAUAUAAUUCUUUUCAAUUUUUGCCUUAAAGGAAUAGCAAGCUGGUUUGAAUUAGAAGUAAGAAAAUACAAAAUCAGUUUAAAUAAAUUGAUGAAACUGUGCCAAGAAAAUCUUCCAGAAGACUGUUUGCUUAUUUGGAUAACAACAUUUCCUCAGCAGCAUAAAAAUGAAAAUGGUUUACUUCAAUUACCAACUGAACUAAUUAAAAAUUCUAUGUGUUUUCAUGUGUUGAAGGCUAAUCAGUAUACACAAGAGAUUGUCUUCAAAAAUGGAUAUGAUAUUUUAGAUGCUCAUUAUUAUCUUAAAGAUUUAUUAUAUUUAAGAGAAACAGAUGGUAUUCAUUGGUUUCCAUUUGCUAUUCGUCUGAUAUCCAAAUUGGUGUUAUCACAUAUCAGUUUUGCUUUUGAAAUACCGAGUCCAUUAAGGCGUUUAUAUUCUGCUAACAAUUCUUUUUACGAAGAACCACAGAUUAAGACGUGCGGAUGUUUAAUAUCUACAAAUUGGUAUACUGUUUGUGAUUUUUGCUUAAAUAAUCAUUUAUUAAUUAAAGAUUUAAAUAAGGUUAAAUAAAACUUGCGUAAGUAACAAACUAUAUUAUUAAUAAGUAAAUAAAAAGUACUGUAUUGUGAUAAUUUAGAAUUUUAAAUGUAGAUUUUUUAAAUGUUAAAUGU